AGUCAAAUUUAAGGUGCUAUCCAUAAGUCAAAUUACUCUGUUGUACCUUUUUUGAAUCCCACUUCUUUUUGACCUUUUUCCGGUUCCGGUUCCGGUUCCGGUUCCGGUUCGGUUUCCGUUUCCUUUUAGUAUACUCCACAAAAGAACUUACUUUUAUAUCAAGCUCGCUCUAGUUUUUCUGGUUCCAAACUCUCUGUUUAUCAAGCAAAAUUUGUCUGCUUCAUCAUUCUCUUGUUUGUAACAGUUAAAAAAUUCUGGGGUUUUGGUGGGUUCUUGUUUUUUGUAUGUAUGUUGGUGAAGAAAUAUGGGUGUACUGGAAAAGAUAUCGGAAGCAUUGUAUAACAACGAGGAGAUACCAGUGGAGUUGAGGCGAAAAAUACUCAAGUUAAUUUUAGAAUGGGGGAAGUUCGAGGAGGAAUGUUUCACUAAGGAGGUGCAUUUAGGGUCUGCUGUUGAAGAAUCGGUAGCGGAGAGGUUGAAGGAAGUGAAUGAUGCUAGGGAAUCAUUAGAGAGGAAAGAGGAGGAGUUGGAGUUGAAGUGGAAGAAUUUGAGUGCGGCGCGAAGAGGGUUUGCUGAGACUGUGAAGUUAAGGGAGGAGAAGUUGAAUGAUCAGGAGAAGAUGGUGGAAAGACUCUGGGAGGAGGUUGAAUUUGAGCGCAAACAAAUUGGGGAUGUGGAGGAAAAGUUAAUGGGGAUUCAUGUUAAAGAGAAGGAGUUGAACAAGAUUCAGACUUGGAUUCGCCAUGAAACACAUGCCCUUGAGUUGAAAGAUCAAGAAUUGGCUGAAAAAAUUGAAGAAUUUCAAAAUUUGCAGAGCAUGAAGAAGGAAUUUGAAGUUAAGUUAAUGGGGUUGGAAUCUGUAAAGAAAGUGCUUGUGAUAAAGGAGGUUAAGUUGGAUAAUGCAAAGAAUGAACUAAGGGUGACCGAGAAUAACUUGGAUAAUGUGAAGAAAGAACUGACGGAGAAUCAAGGUAACUUGGAAUAUGUGAAGAAGGAUGUUAUUUUCCAGGAAAGUAAGUUGGAUAAUGCAAAGAAAGAACUAAGGGUGGUCGAGAAUAAGUUGGAUUAUGUGAAAAUUGAACUAAAGGAGAAUGAAAGUAACUUGCAAUCUGUGAAGAAGGAUGUUAUUUUCCAGGAAAGUAAGUUGGAUAGUAUGACGAAAGAAUUAAGAGCAAAGGAAAGUAAAUUGGAGGUUUCGAAUAAAGAAAUUAGAGAAAAGGAAAAUAACUUGGAAUUUGUGAACAAGGCACUUGUUGUUAAGGAAAACAGGUUGGAUGGUAUGAAGAAAGUGUUGAGAGUGAAGGAAAGUAACCUACAGUAUUUGGAGAAGGAACUUAGAGAAAAGGAUAAAAAAAUGGAUUAUGUGAAGAAAGAACUAAAGGAGAAUGAAAAUAACUUGGAAUCUGUGAAGAAGAAUCUCACUGUUAAGGAAAGUAAGUUGGAGAGUGUGAAGAAAGAAAUUGGGGCAGAGGAAAGUAAAUUGGGGAUAUUGAAGAAAGAAGUUGUAGAAAAGGAAAAUAACCUGGAAGCUGUGAACAAGGCACUUGCUGUUAAGGAAAACAGGUUGGAUGGUGUGAAGAAAGUAUUAAUAGUGAAGGAAGGUAACUUAGAUUAUCUGGAGAAGGAACUUAGAGUAAAUGAAAAAAAAAUGGAUUACAUGACAAAGGAACUAAGGGAGAAAGAAACUAACUUGGAUUCUGUGAAGAAGGAACUUGAAGUUAUAGAAAAUAUGUUGGAUAGUAUGAAGAAAGAACUGACAUUGAAGGAAAGUAACUUAGAUGGAGUGGUGAGGGAACUUAGAGAAAAGGAAGAAAAAAUGGACUAUGUGAACAUGGAAAUAUGGGAGAAGGAAGCUAACUUGGAUUCUAUGAAAGAGGAAUUUGCUGUUAUGGAAAACAUGUCGGAUAGCAUGAAGAAACAACUGACAUUGAAGGAAAGUAACUUAGAUUUUGUGACGAAUGAACUUAAAGAAAAGGUAAAAAAGUUGAAUUUUGUCGAAACUGAGCUGAAGUUGAAGGAGAACGAAUUGGUGUUGGUGAAAAACAAAUUCAAAGCUGAAGUAGAUAACUUGAAUGCUCUUGGAAGCCAAGUUGACUCUAAUGAGGCGAUCUUGUCCUCAAUGAAGAAGGAAAUUGAGCACAAGGAGAAAUUUAUGGGUGCAAUGAAGAAGAAACUUGAACUCCAGGAGGAACACUUGAAGUCAUUCAGUGAGAGACUCCAUUUAAGGGAGAUAGAGCUUGAUUCUACUCAAGAAGCAUAUAAGCAGCGUGUUGAAGAGCUUAAUUUAAAGGAGAAGAAGCUGGAUUCAGCAGAGGAAUUUACGGAAAAAAGCUAUGAGGGGUUUCAAUCUGAAAAGAGACAAUUCCUGUUAGAGCAAGGACUUUUUGAGCAACGCAUGAAAGAUGUUAUACUUAGAGAGGAGACGAUUAAGGAUAGAUUAGAAGAGCUUGAAACAAGAGAGGAGCAUUUUGAGGAUCGGUGUAGAGAGUUCAGAGAGAAGGAGAAGCAGUUGAAUGCUAUUCCUAAUGCACACUUAAAGACAGAAGCUACUGAAGAUGUAGCAGCAGACAGGGUUGAUACUAUUGUAGGUAAUUCUGCUGUUACAAGAUUUGGUGUGAUAAUGGAUGGGAAGGGUUUACAGAUUUUCUUAAAUGAGCAUGAGAAGGAGCUGGAUUUGAUGUCUGAUGACGUUUUUGAGGCUCUUCAGAUGUCUGCUGACCCAGCAACAUUGGUGCUUGAUGCAAUGGAAGGUUUCUAUCCUCCCCAUUUGAGAAAGGGAGAAGCAGAGUUUGAGGGUAGUGUUGUCCGACGGAGCUGCAUUCUUCUGUUAGAGCAGUUAAUUAGGGUUUCACCAGAGAUUCUAGAUUCUGUGAGGGGAAUAGCAGGAUACAUUGCAAGGGAUUGGAAGGUUAAAAUGAAGGCUACAGAAGGCAACCAAGACGGGGUCUUGGGUUUCUUGUAUCUUUUGGCUGCAUACAAUUUGGUUUCUUCCUUUGAUGCUGAUGAGCUUAUGAUCCUGCUGGAGAUUGUUGCUAAGCAUGACAAAUUUGCAGAAUUGUGUUGUUCUCUUGGUAUGAAACAGAAUUUACCUUGUUUUGUCCAGAUUCUUCUUACCAAGCAGCAACAUCUUGAAGCUAUUAGAUAUGCUUAUGCUUUUGAACUAGUGGACCAUUUCCCACCCACAGCCAUUCUGAAAGAUUACUUGGAAUGUGUUGAAAGUAAUUAUGUGAAUGUCUUGGAGAAAGAGACCUGCCCCGUCGAAGAAAAGAUUGACGCCAUUGAACGAAGGGUUGCUUCUCUUAGAGCUGUUAUCAGAUGUAUUCUGGAUUACAAACUUCAGUCUCAAUAUCCGGUAGAACAACUUGAAGAGCAGAUAGAAUUGCUUACAAGGCAGAAGGAAGAUCAAGCUGCACUAUCCCUCCUUUUUGAGGCUAAAAGGCCAGAGCAAGCUAAUAUGAAUCAGAUGGGAUCUACUAAUCCAUUUAUUCCCACAGGCACCAAGGCCCUCAACUCUGUAUCAGUCUCUGCCAAAGCCUGCGCUUGCACUUUCGGUCAUUCCAAUACUAUGGCAAUUAUCCUUAUGAACAUGAGUGGAAAGAAUUUGCAGAAUUUUUUAAACAAGCAUUCGAAGGAGCACAAGUUGUUGCGCAGUGAAGUCUUUAGUGCUCUUCGAAUGUCACCGGACUCGGAUAUGCUUGUGUUGGAGGCACUGGAAGGGUUUUAUCCUCCCAACCAUCAGAAAGAAGAGAUUGGAUUCCAUCGUAAUAUUAUCAGGCAGAGUUGCAUCUUUUUAUUAGAACAAUUGAUGGAACUUUCACGGGGGAUUAUACCAGAGGCUAAAUUAAUAGCAAGCAAGCUUGCAUUUGCCUGGAAAGCAAAGAUGAUGACUGAAAUGGAAAACCAUUUGGCAAUCUUGGGUUUUCUGCUUCUUGUAGGUUGCUAUAGAUUGGCAUCUGCCUUUGAUAAAGAUGAACUUGAGAGUUUGUAUCACAAGGUAGCACAUCAUGUGAAUACAUCUAAAAUUUGUCACGUCCUUGGUAUUUCAGAUAAUACUUCAAGAAGUGAUGAUUUUCCUUCCAUAGAAAAAUCCAAGAAACAUCAGGCUCAAGGCUGUACAGAUGAAUCUAUUUGCAACAACAUGGAUACGAAUGGCGAAGGACAUGAUGUAAUCUGCAAUUGUGCUUCAAGUUUACAUUGUACAUCAGAUCCUGCUUUGCUUGUAUUGGAUGUUUUCCGGAACUGUCAUCCCACACAAAUAGUGAGGUGUGAAAACUUCUCAUCAGUUAUGAGGAGUUUCUCUGAUCUGUUGGACCAGCUGAGAGGAGUUUCUCCACAUAUUGAACUUCAUGUUAAAAUGGAAGCUUUUGUGUUUGCAUCUGACUGGUAUUCUACAUUGAUCUGGUCCCAACAAAAUCCUACCGAGGUCGUGGCAUUUUUGCAGCUUUUAGCUAUUUAUAAAAUAACAGAUUCUUUAAAUUCCGAUAGACUUUUAGGUCUCCUGGAGAAAGUUCAGCCAACUGAAAGGGUUGUUGCUUUGGUCAAAAUCCUUGGGCUGACAGAGGAGAUCCCAUGCUUCGUCCAAAAUCUUAGAAAUAAAAAGCAAUGGCUGUUGGCAUUUAAUUAUGUCUAUGCAUUUGAGCUUGUUAACUUGGUUUCACCAGUGUUGCUCCUGAAGGAUUAUGUAAGUCACUCAAAACAGAUUGCCAAGCAAAUACUUCAUGCUGGGAAUAGUUCUUAUCAAGCCCAAAUUAAGGCUAUAAACAGUGAAAAACAUGCACUAAGAAAUGCAGUUAGACAUAUUGUGGAUCGUGGUCUUCAAUCGGAAUAUUCACCUUUCUGUCUUCAACAACAGAUCGAAAGACUUCAAUAUCAGAUGUCAAUCUUGAGGCAAUCAAACUCAAAUUUGGACUUGACUGCUAAGUUUCAACAAGAUAAACCAAAUAACAGAACUUGCAGAUCUGCUCCAUUUGCUCAAACGCGAAGAGAGCUUAUGAAGAAACGUUCUGCCCCCGCUGGUGAAACUGAGUUUAUCUACAGGGCUCAACAAAAACAGUACUUUAAGCGCCAUUGUCAUUUAUCCAUGAAGAGAUGAGUUGUUUAAGUGUUUUAUAUUGACAAUCCUUCACAGUUAUGUUCUGUACAAGCAUUGUGGGUGUGCUUUGUGGAGGAAUAUCUUAAAGGGCUAAGAAGAAUUCAAUGAUGAUGCGUCUUUUAGGGAGAAAGACAGGAGCCUUAGUUUUGUGGGGCACAGGUGGUGUGGGGAUAAACAUUUUGGUUAACAAUUCAAUGAAUUGGUUUACAAUCAAAGCACAUUAAAGGACUACCAUGAUAUUGAAGGCCGGGGUGGGGAAUCAUGCAGUGUUUUCUAUUAACUCGUGUUAUGAGAAGCUCUUGAUUAGGGAGGAGGUAGCUUCUCUUUACAUCUCAGCUUGGAUCCCUAACAUACCUAGAAGAUGUGUUUUUUUUUUUUACCUGGUUAGCAGCAAGAGGGGUGGGUUUUGGUGGCUGAGAAUUUGAUCGAGAUUACUUACAUUGGUUUGUGGUGGCAUGUAUGAGGUCACGGGUGAAGACAUGGAUCAUGUUCUUCUACAUUGUAGGGUAGUCUUUCUUAUAGUGGAAAAUUCUGUAAUGGUUUGGUCUGUACCUCGGGGUGAUGGCAGGUAUUGUGAAAGAAAUGUCUUUCAACUGGGACUAUGGAAGAUGGAGGUGAAGACGCAAGGCGCAGAGAGGUGCUCCACUAGCACUCAUGUAAGGUUGUUUUGAGGGAGAAAACAUGAAAGUUUUUGAAGGGAUUCUGCAUUGUUGAUAUUUCUUUUUGGUGCAUCCAUGAGGUUCCUGGUUGUACAGAUGAUUGGGUGUGACUUGUGUAAAAUCAUUUAUUUUUUUUGGUUUUCCACGUUUUUUAGUAUAUAUGUCCUGUAUAUCUUACUGCACCUGUCCAUUCAAUAAAAGAAAAGAAUCUUGUCUUGUGUGGAAAGAAA